GUCCCAUUUUCCCCCCCUCUAAUAUUUCUGGGCACACACCACAUGUCUGCUUUGAAACAUGGCACAAGUGUAAAGAGUAAAGACCAAAGCGACGGAGCGUGGUUUUACAGCUCGUGAAUGAGAUAAAGAAAAGAAGAAAGGGAGACCUGUUUUGUCAUGACAUGCCUGCCUGAAUAUGAGAGAGAGGAAAUAGAGGGGGCAGAGUAGUCCAUAGAAUUGAGAAAUCUUUGCCUUGGUUGUCUAUGAGUUGGAACAAGCUAGAGCCCAGGAGAUAACAGUUGGUCCAAGAGUCUUUCUUUAUUGUCUAAAUAUAGAUAAUAGGAAUGAAUGCUGUGAUUGACCUUUAUGCUGAUCAUCCGGAUUUUGUUGAAGUUGAUCCUACCGGAAGAUAUGGAAGGUAUAAUGAGAUUCUUGGGAAGGGAGCUUCAAAGACAGUUUAUAGAGCAUUUGAUGAGUACGAAGGGAUUGAAGUAGCUUGGAACCAGGUGAAACUUAACGACUUCUUGCAAAGUCCUGAUGAUCUUGAGAGAUUGUAUUGUGAAAUUCAUCUGCUGAAAACUUUGAAACACAAGAAUAUUAUGAAAUUUUGUGCCUCUUGGGUUGAUACUGCAAAUAGGAACAUCAACUUUGUGACAGAGAUGUUUACGUCUGGAACUCUGAGGCAGUAUAGGAUGAAACAUAAGAGGGUUAACAUUAGAGCAAUAAAGAAUUGGUGCAGGCAAAUCUUGAAAGGCCUUCUUUACCUUCACAGCCAUGACCCUCCUGUUAUCCACAGAGAUCUGAAGUGCGACAACAUUUUUGUAAAUGGCAACCAAGGGGAGGUCAAGAUUGGUGAUCUUGGCCUCGCUGCAUUUCUGCGCAAAUCCCAUGCUGCUCGGUGUGUUGGAACACCAGAGUUCAUGGCUCCUGAGGUGUACGCGGAGGAGUACAAUGAAUUAGUGGACAUCUAUGCAUUUGGGAUGUGCAUUUUGGAAAUGGUUACCUUUGAAUAUCCAUAUAGUGAAUGCACACAUCCUGCUCAGAUCUACAAAAAAGUGAUCUCUGGUAAAAAACCAAAUGCUCUUUAUAAGGUGAAGGAUCCUGAGGUGCGUCGAUUUGUUGAGAAAUGCUUAGCAACAGUGUCUGAUAGGCUAUCUGCUAGAGAGCUUCUCCAUGACCCUUUCCUGCAAAGUGAUGAUUAUUUAACUGACCUUGGACCAGUAGAUGACUACAGAGAUUUCAAUGAUGUUGGCCCAAUGUUACAAGAGCCACUCUUGAGCUUUAGUCAAAAAAGCAGUUCCUUGAUAGAUAGUUACACCAUUUAUUUUGAUCAGGAGCAUAGAAAUGGCUUGGAAUACCAUCAAAAUGGGUAUGAAACAAAUGGAAUUGAUCUAUUGAACAGUCAGGAGGAGUCCUUGGGAAGUGUGGACAUAACAAUCAACGGAAAGAGAAGAGAAGAUGAUGGAAUCUUCCUAAGACUGAGAAUUGCAGAUGAAGAAGGCCGUGUGCGAAAUAUAUACUUUCCUUUUGACAUCGAGACCGACACAGCUCUCUGUGUGGCUGCAGAAAUGAUUGCUGAAUUAGAUCUCACUGACCAAGAUAUGAGUAAGAUAGCAGAAAUGAUUGAUGGUGAGAUAGCUUGCUUAGUGCCUGAGUGGAAGAGGAGGCUUUACAAUGAAGAGAUCCCCAAUUACUCAAAUGGUAGAUGUUGCCAAAAUUGUGCUUCAAAUGGUUCUCUUCUCAGUUAUUUAACAUUAAAUGGAUCUGGUGCCAAGAAUUUGCAAGUUCUCUGUCCUCAGCAUGGAUGUGGUUCCAUACAUGGGAGAUUCGAAGAGAUCACUUACCAGUUUGAAGGGUCUGAACAAUGUUUAACAGAAAGCGCACCUUUGGUUUCAAGUCAAUCUGACAUUAUACAUUAUACUGAUAUAUGGGCACAGCAUGAAGGGCCCGAACUAAGAUCACAAAAUUCCAGUAGGAACCAAUGUGAUGAUCAUCUUGAACCGUCUCAGCAAUCCACCUUUAGCAGCGACGAGAAAAUUAUAAAGAUCAUUGAGGAGGAUAGGUAUAAUGCUCCCGAGACAAGAGAUUGCCCUACUUCACCUGGUCACUCGGAAGCUGCAGAUUACGAAAAUGAGAUAAGGCAGGAGUUAAGGUGGCUAAAAGCCAAGUACCAAAUGCAGUUGAGGGAACUGGGGGUUGUAUCAACUGGGAUUGUGACGAAACCGUCAUCUCUGCUAGAUAGCAUUCAAAGCAAAAAGGAUCUUUUGUCAUCAGUCCUUUCCACACCAAGGGAAGUGCAGGAUGGUAGUCUACAUCAAUCUCUCAUCUCUGAUAAGCAUUUCCCUCCCUAUCUGCCUGUUUAUACCGGAAAGAAAUGUGCAAACCAGAUGCUGCGGGAUCAGGAGUUGGCCUAUAGUUCUUGCAGUCCGGAACAUAUGAUCACUGCCAAGAGUUACUACACUGGGGCCUUACUUCCACACCCACUUCACAGGGCCACUUCUCUUCCCGUGGAUGCCAUUGAUGUCUAACACUAACCAAACACUGGGUGAUUCCUGGUAUUCCAACAAAGCAAUGUGACCACUUAUCACAGAACAUUACAUUUUCGCGGCUUGUAAAAUCCCAGUUCCAAGAGAAAUACUUCCACCAAGGUUGACACUAAUGUAUGCAUGUACAUUCCCACUUACCAAUACAUUAUGUAUGUAUAUACAUUCCCACUUUCCAAUGCAAAUCUGUUCUGGGGUUGAGGCAGUUUUACGUGGCA